AUGGCCUCGAGAAGACAGGAAAAAGAUCUCCAAGAGGCUGUUCUUCGUUCAGUUUGCUGGGAUUAUUGUAAUGACAUGGUAAUUCUCAAGUGUGGGCACAAUUUCUGCCGACCCUGCAUCACUCAUGGAUCAACAACUCCCAUCUGUGUGGUGUGCAGAGAGUCCCGCAGCCACAGAGACCACCCCGUGCUUCCUGUCAAGGAGGCUGCUCUGGAUUACCAGGGUGGAGGGAGCAGGGUUUGCUUCUCAUACAGGAUGGACAUUGGCUGGGGGCCUGGCCCAUUCCAGCAGAUUGCUUGAAAUCUGCGGCGGCAGGGGCAGGGCGCCCAUAUUUUCAAAAUGAAGAUCCAGGGUCCUGUUUUCCGGGGGCAGGAUCAGGGAGGAGAACACGCCGGCUUCGGGAACUGGGGAAGAAUUAUGUCCGUUCCUUGAUGUCUUUUCCUCCCCAGCCAAGCAACACCCGCCUUGCUCCUUCUCUUCCCCCUCCAUAGUAAAACCCGAGCCACAUUAAAACAUCUUUUCUAGCAGGGAGUCUUGAGAAUCUCACUGAUGUACCGUAAUCACUGUGGUUGCAGGGCUCAAGCAGCUCGGCUGCACUUUUUGGGUAGGGGGUGGGGGGUAAGGAAGAAUUAAAGCUGCCACAUGCCCCCAGUGUC